AUGGCCCUAGACAAUACCACAAGCCUCUCGGCCGCUGAAUUGGCCAUAUACCUCAUCCUCAUCCCCUUGACUGUCUGGCUAUUCUUCAAGCACGGCCGGCAAGCGUCCCUGGCCUACAUCUACCUUUCCAUUUUCGAGACUCUACGCAUCGUCGCCGCGGGCCUGCAAAUCCACGCCCAUAGCCAGCACACGACCUCAAAGACCGGCGCCAUCAUCGAUUCUGUCGGCCUCAGCCCUCUACUCCUUGCCUUCUCCGGCUUUCUCUACGAGCUCGGCAGUUACUAUUCUCCACCCGGCCGCAGCAACCGCUUCAUCGUGCUCGAAGAAAUCCUCGUCCAUCUUGGCGCCUACACGGGCAUAGCACUUGCCGCUGUCGGCGCGUCGAAUCUCACAAAAAGCAACCCUAGUCAAUCGGACAUCGACCAGGCACACACUCUGCAAGAGACUGGCGUUGUGUUGUUGCUAUUGACCUGGGUCGCCCUGGUGUACAUGUGCUUCCAGCUCUGUCGCAUUCUCGGGCACCCCGGUGUCAUUGCUAUCCUACUGCCCAUUGCCUGCAUCUUUGUAGGCGUCCGAUCAGUAUACAGCGUGGUGUACGCUUUUGAUCACUCGCCGUCUGUCAACCCCAUCACUGGCGGCUUUGCCAUCAAGUUGGUCUUGGUCUUUCUGGUCCAGCUCAUCGCUGUGUUGGCGUUGCUUGCGGUCGGCUUCUUGACAAGGGACGUCGCCGCUGAAUAUGGUACGAGGCGCAGGGGAACAUAUGCGAGGCCGGAAGAUCUAGAAGGGGGUACUGCCAUUCCGCUUCGUUCUCCCAAGUAA